AUGUCAACAGCUCCGACUAGGACUACAUACACAAAAAGGGGAAGAGGCAAGUGCCCGUCAUGCAACGAGGAAUACGUCUCCAGGUAUAAGCCACUGAAAUGUACCAAAUGUGGGUUUGAAUUAGGUGGAUCCUAUGUACCUACAAAAAAAAAGGCGAAGAAGUGCUUUCCCGACGUUGUACAAAUUACAUCAUCUAUCUAUUCUGUAAAGGCCAGUCCAAAAGACGACCGCUGCUUCGUUGUGAAGGAAAACGGAGAGACGAUAUGCUUGACAGAAGAGUGCAAACUACUCAGAUCGACGUAUGCGUCAAGUGGGAAUGUCAGUGACUUUAAAUGUAAACACGUAAACCUGAUUGACACUGUACCUACCACGCUGCCUACCGCUACACACCACCUUAGUGAAGAAUGCAUAUCCCAGUAUUCAGGUGGCGAAACCGCACAGAAACAUCUACGUGGACUACUUCCUUUACUUGAUGGUAAUUCCCCAGCAGUUGCUAAAGUUACUGACAGAUCGCUAGCCGUAUUUGGUGCUCCAUCGGCGACUAAUACGAUUGGAUAUGUUCACCUACAUAUCGAAUCCGAAGAGGACAGACAAUUUCUCUGUCGAAGCAAGAACUGCAGAAAAUAUGUUAGUAACUCAAAACAAUCAAGAGCUCGUGUAACAUGCCACCACCUUCAUCUACUGUACUGUUUGUUGUACAAAGAGGCAAUGACAUCAAAGACAUCAAAGACAUCAAAGACAUCAAUGGACAGUACAGAAGAAACAACUACUUUGUCAAGACAAAGCACUCUAGAUGUUGCAGUGAUGAGAUCACUACCUUACGACAUACCAGCAUCAUUGCUACACAAUAUAUCAAGAAAGGAUGCAGCUACAAUAAGUGGAAACACCGGAGGCUGGCCUGAUAUAUAUGAGCCUCAAUUUGAAAUAUGCAUCAAGUGCCAGUCACCACUUUCCAAUGCAAGACCUCAUCCAGGCCAAAGAUGCGACAUCAAAGGCUAUCUCAUAACUGAGCUCAACCCAUUCCGAAGAGUUUCUUUCAUGGUCAAGAUGUGCACCAAUCCUUCGUGCAAGGCAAUGCAUCAAUCAAACCCAGUUGAUAUUGGACUUUUUAACAUCUCUGACAAGGUUGUUGUGUCUUUGGAUAUUUUCCUGCUCUUCCGCGAGUUAUUCAAGCAUGGCCAUCCAUUGACAAAUGUCAUAAGCUCGAAAAUGGAAGUUCUUAAAAAAAAGUCCUUAGAGGAGAAUCUUCCAACUGAUGGUGAACUCGAAUACAUACAAAGCCUCCUAUAUAAUGGGUUCUAUUGCUUUGAAGCCAUUACAGUAAGAGAUGAAAAUGCUGUCAUCUGUGGGAUAUGUGGAUUUUGUCCGGAGGUGUUGCUAGGUGAUGGAAAUGAGAAAAACUGUUGUAGAAAUGACCAGAUCAAUUAUACUGCACAAGAUGUGGCUGCACCAACUAGCCCAAGUGAUUUUUUUAAUAGUCUGAAAAGAAGAUGGAUUGAAAAAACCGUGCUGACGAGAAGUACCGACAAGUUCCGUGUAUCUGUGGGAGAAAUGCCACCUUUUAUGGCACCUGCCUUAAUUGGCAAUAUACUUCUUAAUACAGAAGCCGAAAAAAGAAGUGUUUAUCUCAAAGAAAAUUCUCAACCUGAUGGUGACCCUGCUGUGUUACAUCAAGUAAUUUCAAGUAAUGAAUUCGACAUGGGAACAGUUGAUGUCAUGACUCAAGACCAGCUUUCUGAAAUUUGCAAAACCUGUAGUAUUCCAUAUCAAGGAAAAUCAAAGGCAAAGAUGAUCACAGACAUCCAGGCUUUAUAUUCUUCGAUGCUGAUUGGCCUAUGCCCAUGCCAUGGGUAUAAUCGUUCCAAUGGAUGCACUGGUGGAUUCUACCAUCUUGUCUGUAGACAUGGUUGCACAUAUGGAUCAAAACUCCUCACACUCACAGAAUCUGUAAGGGAUGCUGCAGAUCUGUAUCUGUCACUCAAGUACUAUCCAACCACAUUUAUCUGUGACUCUGCCUGUGGCCUAGCUAGACAUCUGGAGGUCAGGGAUAAAAACCUUGCACAGCAGCUGUGGGGGGACAACCUGGGCUGUUUUGAAAAGCCAACUGUUGAAAAAUUACCAAAUGCUAAUCUGCAUGUCCCAGAUAUUGUUACAUCUGAAUACAUGUGUACUCAAGUGGAAACAAGAAAUGAUGAGGCAGGAGAAAUACGACAUCCAAUAACAGGGUCGACAAGGCAUUUCAUUUUGGGUGAUCGAUUUCACAGCACCAACAACCCUCAUAAAUCACCACUGUGUGCCUAUCAUAACAUAAAUCUUUGUAAACAGGCCUACAGUUUGUCAACAAGUACGCAAGAAUCAGAAAACAACAGGAAAAACAAACAGCGACUAAGAAGUACUUGCCAGCAAUCAUUUGAAGUCCAUUAUAUGUUUAACUAUCUAAUGGACUUCUACUUGAAUGAAAGCAUUGUAAAAAAACAAAAAAAGAUUUUGGAAAAGAGCUUUUCUGAAUCAGUAACAAGAAACUCAUUCGGUAGAUUCGUAAAGAAUUCAAAGUAA